UCUGUUACCCAGAAUGCACCGCGGUAGAGCUGCGAGUAAGUAACUGAGGAGGGGUUCCCAUCAGCAACACUAAGUGUAGUUUCUAUUUUAUUAUGUUUAUUAAUUCACUUUUAACCAAGUGCUGACAGGGAGACGAACAAGAAGAGGAUCGAGCUUAGAUUUCGUCGCGUGUAUAUCUCGGCCAUGCCUCUCUUCACGUCAAAUCCCUUUGAUCAAGAUGUUGAGAAAGCGACAAGUGAGAUGAACACAGCUGAGGACUGGGGCCUCAUUUUGGACAUUUGUGACAAGAUUGGACAGUCUCGCACUGGGCCUAAAGAAUGUCUGCGAUCUAUAAUGAGGAGAGUGAAUCACAAGGAUCCGCAUGUUGCCAUGCAAGCAUUGACGCUUCUAGGUGCGUGUGUGUCAAACUGUGGAAAAAUAUUCCAUUUAGAGGUUUGCUCCAGGGAAUUUGCUAGUGAAGUUAGCAACGUGCUAAACAAGGGUCACCCAAAAGUGUGUGAGAAGCUGAAGGCUCUGAUGGUGGAAUGGGCUGAGGAUUUCCGUAAUGACCCCCAGCUCAGUCUCAUAUCGGCCAUGAUCAAGAACCUCAGAGAACAGGGCGUCGUCUUCCCUGCCGUGGGCUCUCAGGCAGCAGAACAAGCUAAAGCCAGUCCUGCCCUGGUAGCUAAAGACCCUGCAACAUCAACAAACAAGAAAGAAGAAGAAGACAUUGCUAAAGCGAUCGAACUGUCUCUGAAGGACCAGCGGCAGCCGCAGGUCUCUCUGUCUGGCCUCUACCCGAGCACCAGCAGCCUCCUCACAUCUCACAAGGCUGAAGGCAGAAAGGUCAGGGCCAUCUAUGACUUUGAGGCAGCCGAGGACAACGAGCUCACCUUUAAAUCAGGCGAGAUCAUCACCAUCCUGGAUGACAGUGACCCUAAUUGGUGGAAGGGUGAGACGUAUCAGGGUGUUGGGCUUUUUCCGUCAAACUUUGUGACAGCGGACCUGACAGCAGAGCCUGAGAUGAUGAAAACAGAGAAGAAGACCGUGCAGUUCAGUGAAGAAGUCCAGGUAGAGACGAUUGAACCGGAGCCAGAGCCUGUCUACAUCGAUGAGGAGAAAAUGGACCAGCUGCUUCAGAUGAUCCAGAGUGCAGAUCCAACAGAUGACCAGUCAGACACCUGUGAACUCCUGCAGUUGGAGGCUGCUUGCAACCAGAUGGGUCCUCUCAUUGAUCAGAAGUUGGAGGACACUGACAGAAAACACUCAGAGCUGUCCGAACUGAACGUGAAGGUCAUGGAAGCGCUGUCUCUCUAUGCUAAUCUAAUGAAUGAAGACCCAGUAUACGCUAUGUAUGCCAAACUACAGAGCCAGCAAUACUACAUGCAGCAGACCCCAAAUGCUUCCCAACAGGUGUACCCUGGCCAGUCCACUGGAGGGCAGUAUGCAAUGGGCAGCACAACAGUACAGGGAUACAAUGUUCCAAUGGAGCAGCUCUCUGCAAUGAACCAAACAGGAACAGCAAUGGCCGGGCAGCCAGCUCCCAGUGAUGUCCACAUGUACAUGGGCCAGCCUCCAGUCUACAGCCCGACCCCUGGCAGCAUGCCUCCAGCUGAUGUCCAGUCCUACCAGACCCCAGCCGGCGCUCCAGUGGCCAUGAGCCAGACCCCCGGCUACAGCAUGCCCUCCACCCAGAGCCUCCCUGCUGCUGCAGGCAACCAACAGACCCCUUACCCUGAGAAAGCCCUCUUAUAGGACCCCUAGAGACUCAGACAAACACACACAUACACACACACUUACAGUCAGAAACAAGGAGCAUUCAGCUCACACAAAGAUAUCUCCUCCUUUUCUUUAAGACACUACAAACAAACACCGAUUCUGAUCAUGAAAAGGUUGUGCCGAUUGUUGACUACUAACCGGUGGUGUUAUCUCAGAGCGGUUCUGAUCCAUCUUAUACUUCUUUGGUCUCUUUUAUAAGAACAUUUUGUUGAAGGUGAUGGGGAACGCUAAGUUAUAUGGUUUAUUUGGCAGCGUCAUUAUAGUAAUAAUUAACUGGACAUUUCUUACAGGAAAACACACAGCAUGCUUGUGUUGUACAUACGUUUCCGUACCAUUGUAGGUCCCAAUAGUCCAGUGUUCGUCACAACAGGUCCUGAAGGGGAGAUUAUGUCAUCAUUUUAAUUUCUCAUCACAAUGAGUGUGUGUGUGUGCGAGAGAGAGAGCAUGUUCAGGCCCUCAAGUCAUCUCGCCUCUCCUCCAGAACCAUGUAGCGAAACACUACCAUUGUCUUGACAGUGACUCAUCACCCCAAUGUCUUUAAGCUCAAUUUUCAGUGUUAACAAGAUCAGAUGUUUUUAGUGCAUUUUAUUUAUAUUUUGAUUGUCGUUUUGCUGUUUUAAUUGACAGUACUUUAAUAGAAGGAUGUAAUAUUCUGCCUGUGUGCAGAUGUGUAUAUACAAGAGCUCACUUCUGUCUUUAGAGCGUAACGUUCAAAGCAGCUGCUUCUUCUGUAGAAAGGGCACAUGGGAAGUUGAGGAGUAAUGCUGCUCCACACCAUGCACUUUUAAUUGACCCUUUUCAUUACCCUCAUUUCAGAUGUGUCCACUUAAAGCAUAUGUUUCCUCCACCCUCGAAGUAGAACCCGAAUGGCAUUAACCCUGCACUCAAACCCUUUUCCAUAACUGUUUCAAAAUAAGCGACAGAGAUACUUGGCUUGGAUUUUUUUUGAAACUCUCUGUAUCCCCUGGGAAUGAAUGAUCAUGUAUAAAUGAUCUGUAGCUCGUGGAAUGAUUGAACUAACCUCUUAUUUUCAUAAGUCCUGGCCAGGGCUGAGACUGACACUAAAGAGAGCAGACUCCAUCCGUUCAUUUGCAUCUCCUACUCUAAACCAAGGCAGUACCCCACAUCUCUGUCUCUGUGUAGCUCCAGUGUUAUCGGAGUAGUUGUUGACGUUUCAUAGAGAACAUUCUGGGAAAUUGGGACCAUGGGCCAGUUCUAAUGUAACACCUUAGCAUUUGCACACGGAGAUGAUAAUCCUUACGUCAACAUUAUCCACAGGGAAAAUGACUGUUUUUGGUGUAUCAGUUCUAUGUACCCCGUUGUUUGUAUGUACUAUUUUAAUCAUCUUAAUUAUUAGCAUUCACAAUAAAACUAGGCCAAAUGUA